AACGCGUUAGAUCACAAAUUGUUAUCACUACCACGGCCCAUUGACAUCAAUGACAUACGUGUAUUCAAAAUAAUAGGCAUAUUUUAAGAUUAAUUAAUUACUGAACUACUGAUAAAAUUCAAUUUAGUGCAACUUGAGACUUUGUCGCUUUUACCCGUUGAGAGUUUUUCGGACUUAGACUUUUCUUCUUCGACAUGAAUCAAUUAUUUUUGAGUGCCGAACAUGUACUGCAAGGGGGGUACUUUCACUCCACUCUGAGGAAGCUACAAGAGCCAAAUACCAGUAUUGAGCCUCACAAUAUUAUGUACCCCGUCUUCUUAUUAGAAGAUGACAACGCUAUUCAGCCUGUGGCUAGCAUGGCCAACGUCUGCAGAUUUGGCAUAAACCAGCUCAUUUCACAACUUGAAGAACUGGUCAAUAAAGGACUGCAAUCUAUACUCAUAUUUGGAAUUGUCAGCGCUCUGCCAAAGGAUGCUACAGGAUCAAGUGCAGAUUGCCCAGAGAACCCAGUGAUAAAGGCCCUUCCUAAACUUCGGGCUAAAUUCCCCAACCUCCUCAUAGCUUGUGAUGUCUGCCUAUGUCCGUACACUUCUCAUGGUCACUGUGGUCUUCUUACGCCUACUGGAGCCAUUGACCAUGCAGCUUCUGUCCGGAGGAUUGCUGAAGUGGCCUUAGCUUAUGCCAAAGCUGGUGCACAAAUUGUCGCGCCUUCCGACAUGAUGGACAACAGAAUAAAAGCUAUUAAAGAUGCCUUGGUGGCUUGUAAACUGCAAAAUACAGUGUCAGUAUUAUCAUACUCAUGCAAGUUCGCGUCGUCAAUGUACGGGCCGUUCCGCGACACCAUGAAGAGCAGUCCCAUGGAGGGUGACAGGAAGUGUUACCAGCUGCCGCCUGGCAGUGCGGGGUUAGCUGCUAGAGCUGCAGCACGAGACGUUGCUGAAGGUGCAGAUUUCCUGAUGGUGAAGCCGGGGUUACCAUACUUGGAUAUUGUGCGGCAGACGAAAGACAAGUACCCAUAUCAUCCCCUGUUUGUGUAUCAGGUAUCCGGGGAAUACGCAAUGAUAUGCCGCAGUGGUGACAGCACGGAAGUCCAGACCAUUCUUAUGGAGACGUUGACUAGCAUGCGGAGAGCUGGAGCUGAUUGCAUCAUCACGUAUUUCGCGCCAUUAAUAUUAGAUGUGAUAUCCAAGAAACAAUAGAGUGACUGUUUAAUAUUUAUUUUUGUAUCGCGGGAUUGGGAUUUUCGAAUAAAAUUUAUAUUUUGCUCAAAUAUUUCUUUUUUGCUUUUUAAGUACAGAAUAAGAACUGUUGUUGUAGUUUUAAGUUAUAAAUAAAUUAUAGGACUUGGGUU